AACUUGAUAACAAUAAUAUUUAAUUACUUUAAAAUUUAAAUCUUUCAUACUUCAAAUUCUAAUUUUAACAUAUAUUAUUUAUUUUAUUGUUCUAUUUCUUUAUUAUUAUGUUAUUUCAAUUUUAAUUGCCUUAUGUGGUUAAUUAAUAUUAAUAGACAAUAAUUUAUAACACUUAUUUUAUAUUACACUAUUUUUUUCAAACAAUGAAUAUGAGCGAAUUAAAAUUAUUAAUAAAAAAGUUUAAUAAUGAAAUCAAAAAUCCUACUGACAAAAUUAUUAAGAAGAAAUAUUAUUUCCCUACUAAGCAUUUGAAGGCUAUUUAUCUGUGUAUGAUAACUUCUGAUAAUAUUCAAUGGGAAGACAUAUUGACUGAAUAUCUUGAAUAUUUAGAUUUUUGUUAUUAUUCAUGGGAAUGUUUUGCAUCGUUAGUAAAAGAAUUGGAUGAAAAUAAAAUAAAUAUUUUCACUUUUGUUAACAUAAUGGGAAGUAUUAAAAUACCUUGUUCUCAGGAAAAAAAACAAAAAUUAUUAUUUUACAAUGCAAGAAGGCCUAUAUUUAAAUAUCAAAGUGACCAAGUAAAAUCAUGGGCUACAACAGUUUGGGAAGAGAUGAGACCAUACAUGCUUAUAAAUAAUAAAAUAAGAAGAGAUAUGUUGACCCUAUUAAUUGAGAAAAUGCUAGUUAAUUUAACAAAUCCAGUAUUAACAGUAGAUUUUCUCAUGUCUUCUAUGGAUAUUCCUGGACCAAUAGCAAUACUUGGAUUACAAGGAAUUUUCAUUUUAGUAAAAGAUUAUAAUUUAGAAUGUCCCAAUGUUUAUGGAAAGCUGUAUAACUUUUUUAGAACAGAUAUGUUCAAUUAUCGAUAUAAAACUAGACUAUUUUAUUUAACAGAUAUUUUUUUAAGAUCAACACAUUUGCCAGAACUUUUAGUUGCUGCUUUCAUUAAACGCUUGGCAAGGCUCUCAUUAAUUGCUCCACCUAUGGAUAUUAAAAUAAUGGCUGUACUUAUUGGAAACUUACUUAUUAGACAUCCAUCACUAAAAAUUAUGAUCCAAGAUAAUUCUAUUGUUUCAUCAGAUCCUUAUAUAUUUGAUGAAAAAGAUCCAUUAAAAUCAAAUGCAUUAGAUAGUUCAUUGUGGGAACUUGUGUCACUUAAACAACAUAUUUUACCAAAUGUAUCAAAAUCUGUUACUUUUUUGUUUAAAAAACUACCACAGAUGGAAUGGGACAUGGGAGAAUUAUUAGAAAAUUCAUAUGAAAGUAUGAUUGCUGACGAGUACAAAAGUGAUGUACAAAAAGCUAGUUUAACUUUUGAAAAACCUGUCAAUUAUGCUUUACCAUUAUCUAGCCAUAUGGAAGAGCUUUGGUUUCUAGAAUAACUAAUUUUUAUACUUCCAUAUUGUUUAAAUAAUAAUAAACUCAUGUAAAUUUCUAUAAAACUCAAAUAAAAUAAAUAUUACAUUGUUG